GUUUAUAACUUUAAUUUUCGAAAAACAAAAACAAAAAAAUUAAACACUUGGCACAUCGAGCUUUAGUUAUCUAAGUUGUACACUAUCAAAUGACAUGAAUAAGAUACAAGAUUAUAAACAAUACCAAAUAAAACGAGCGAGAAGAAAGCAAAGACAUCGAGUAAAAUGAAAAGAAGAAAGGAAGGGUGGUUCAGGGGUUAUGAAAAGUAAACCCAACCUGAGAAUCAAUCACCUGUGCGUUUGGUUUGUAGGUUAGAAAGACGUUGAAAGCAGAGGGUAAAUGAGCGCAGGAAGCAACCAAACAAAGCCAAGCCAAGCCAAGCUCUGCGUUUGGUUUGGUUUGGAUUUCUUAUUAAUUGUUAGAUCAGGGAAAGAAGGCAACUCCUUCCGAUGGGAUCACAUCAGAUCUGGACGAGCAUGAUCGUGACACAUAGCAGAGGCCACUGGCACGCUGCCAAAAACCACAAGCUGCAGAUGCUGGUGGAGAGACAUGACCCUCAUAACUGGAACGUCAUUGCUCAAAGCCUUCAAGGAAGAUCCGGGAAGAGCUGCCGUUUGAGAUGGUUUAAUCAGUUGGAUCCUCGCAUAAACAGAGACCCCUUCACCCAAGAGGAAGACCAGAGGCUGUUGGCGGCGCAUACCAUUCAUGGCAACAGAUGGGCCAUCAUCUCUAGGCUUUUUCCUAGCCGCACUAAUAAUGCCGUGAAGAACCAUUGGCAUGUCAUUAGGUCUCGAAUGUCGAGACGGGCUUCCAAAUAUCACGUCAAGACUAUGUUAGGGAUAACCAAUAUUCACAGUGAUAGAAAUCAAGGUGUGGAUUUUUACAACUUUCUCCACUUGAAUACAAGAUCUAUUAAUGGAAGUGAAGUGAUAGACCACUCAAGAAAAGAUGAUGAAGAAGUUAAUCAAAAAGCUGCCACGACCGCCAACACCGGCCAUGACGUUGUUGUUCAAGGAACCCACAAGGAUGAGGAGAAGGUAGUUCCAUUCAUUGAUUUCUUUGCUGCCCAAACCUCUAUCUCCUAACUAAGCUUCUUCAACAUGUUUCUUAAAUUACUUAGUUAUACCAUUUAUUGCUUAUUUCAAAGGAAUGUCAAUAUUGGAUGAUAUAUUUUGUGAAUGUCACUAAAA